GCAGCGGCGCUGAGGCCGCGGCCGGGGAGGACGAUGGCCAAAUGGCUGAACAAGUACUUCAGCCUGGGCAAUAGCAAGACCAAGAGCCCUCCGCAGCCCCCGCGGCCCGACUACCGGGAGAAGCGCAACGGUGCCGGCGGCGCGCCCCGCCCCGAGGGGCCGCCGCACCUCCACCUCCACCACCACACCUCGCCUGGCUUUUCGCGCCGCCGCCUGCGCGACGACACCAGCGACCUGCUCCGCGCCUACCGCGCCCAGAAGGACCGCGACUUCGAGGACCCCUACAGCGGGCCCGGCUCGUCCCUGCGCAAGCUGCGCGCCAUGUGCCGUCCGGACUACUCGGCGCCCGAGGACCUGGGCGAGGCGGCCCUCAAGGCUUCCUCCUCCUCCUCCUCCUCGUCGUGCUGCGCCACGCCUCCCACCACCGGCUCCCCGCAUCUCUUCCGCAGCCACAGCGAGCGCCGCCCGGCGACACCGCCCGACGUGAAGUACAUCUCCCCCAAGCACCGGCUCAUCAAGGUGGAGAGCGGCGGUGGCGGCAGCGACGGCGCGGGCAAGAAGCUCCACAAGGGCUCCAAGCAGCCGGCGACUGCUGCUCCCUCUGCCGUGAAAGAUAAGGUAUUGAUAGCUGAUGACUACUCAGAUCCAUUUGAUGCCAAAAGUGAGUUGAACAGAAUGGGAAAAGGGGAGAACACUGGCUACAUGGAACCAUAUGAAGCCCAGAGAAUAAUGGCUGAGUUUCAACAGCAGGAAGGCAUGAAGUCCCAUCAGAAAAACAUGCAGCUCUAUGACACACCCUAUGAACCAGAAGGCAGCGGUGUGGAAUCUGAUUCUGAAAGUGUGGUGAGUCACCGUUUACGAGAAAGCAAAUUGCCACAGGAUGACGACAGGCCUGCAGAUGAGUAUGAUCAGCCGUGGGAGUGGAACAAAGUCACCAUCCCAGCUUUGGCAGCCCAAUUUAAUGGAAGUGGGAAACGGCAAGCAUCUCCUUCUCCCUCAAAUGACCAGCACAGGCAAUUAAGAGCACCUGGAGGAGGCUUUAAACCCAUCAAACAUGGCAGUCCAGAAUUUUGUGGGAUCCUGGGAGAGAGAAUAGAUCCAGCUAUUCAACUGGAAAAGCAGAUAUGGUAUCACGGAGCAAUCAGUCGGACAGAUGCAGAAAACCUGUUACGUUUAUGUAAAGAGUGUAGCUACCUUGUAAGAAACAGUCAAACAAGCAAGCAUGACUAUUCUCUUUCACUGAAGAGCAGUCAAGGUUUUAUGCAUAUGAAAUUGAUGAAAACCAAAGAGAAAUACAUCCUGGGCCAGAACAGCCCUCCCUUUGACAGUGUUCCUGAAGUCAUCCACUACUACACCACAAAAAAGCUGCCUAUCAAAGGAGCAGAACACUUGUCCUUGCUCUACCCUGUGGCUGUGCGGACACUCUAAUAACCUAGUCUCACCCCUUCCUGUGGAUGGGAGGUGAGAGGCCUUUUCUUGACCUAAGAUGAUUUAAGCAUUGUGAACACAAGAAGCUUUACUGUCUUCUGUGUUCAAAACUCUCAGCCAGCCAAGAAGUGUCAUGGCCAGCAUGGAACCAGGACAGCUUCAGGAGGAAAAGCAAAAGUGGUGAAAACUGGAUUUUCUACUAACCAACCUUCUCACAUAACCAUGUUCUAAAAUUACUUAUUGUGUAUGAUUAGAAUUAGGCUUUCAAUAGACCUCAGCUUAUGUUUCACAUACCUGACUAAAAGUUUUUUCAAAAAUCACUUGGGCACUCAGACCUUAGCACUGUAGACCUGGCCAUGAACUCUGUCUUUCAUCAUCCUGGGGAAGAAAAGGACAGAGGGGAGAGUCAGUUUGCAGUGACAAACACAUGGCAAUGUUCAGGUGGGGAUGAUUUUUUUAUCCAACUUAGCAUGAGAAUUCUGUGACUUGGGCUGUAUCUUCACUACAGUCUGCCAUAAUGAGUGAAGAUUAAGAGUUCUGGACAGAAAAAGUCAAACUGCAAAAGUCAAAUGGCUUCAGGACUGAAGGCAAAGACAUAAAUCUGCGUAGUGAGGCAUAGCACUGUCCAAGACCUACUCAGGAAAGCUGUUUUGUGGAUCAUUAGCUCUGAACAACAAUCUUCUGCUGAGGGUCACUUCCACUACAGUGGCCAAUUCCAUAUUCCUGAUUGUGCCUGGAAUGUACCUAGACGCACAGCUCUAGAACAGAAUUGUAAAACAGAAUCAGGAAUGUGAACAUAAUGAAUUAGAGAUCUUUGACAUUUACCACUUCAGUUUUUAAUCUAAAUUUUUACCUGCUGUUAUCACUUGUUUCUUGGAUGCCUGGUCAGACUCCAGAAGGUUGUUGUGCUUUCUCAAAGUAAAAAAAAAAAAAAUAAUUCUUGCCUUACUGAUAUAAUAUAAUAGGACUGAAUAAUAUAGUGGAAAAUCUAUCUAUGGGACAAGAAAAUAUAGAAGGUGAAAGUUAGUAUAGCAACAAAACCUUUUGAAUAUCUGACAAAGCCCAAGUAACUGUUGUUCUUCCUGAAAUAAUACAAAAAAACCCAGGAAACAAGUUCAAAGAGAGUGAGUUUCCCUGGCAACAAAAAACAUGUGAAAAUUCUUAGUUCAGCUCCUGCAUUCCUAUUCUCAAGUUUCCAUUCAUUUCAUGGUAUUUAAUGCUCAAACUUUCCUUGGAAAGCAAAAAACCUGGCACAACCUUCACACAAACAGUUGAGUCAGUCAACAGUUGUGUGAGCCAUUUACUGUCUUCGUGCCAUGGAGAAGCAUGAGAGCCAACUGGACAGCCUGAGGUACUGCUUGUAGUGGUGGUGGUGCUGCCUAUGGAUCUCUGCCUUUACCACAGGCAUGAAUCUGACUUUAGAUGAGGCAGCUGGCAUAACUAUGUUACAGAAAAGUAGGAGUGAAACUCCAGUCUAGGGUGGUACCAAAGGAGCAGCUUUCCUGCCUGGUACACUUUGUUUGUGGUGAAAUUUUCUUAUUGCCUCUUGAACCCUUUGUUAUAGCAGUCUGAGUAACCAACUGAGAGAGGAAACUUUCCAGCAGAAAUAUGCGCUACAAACUUUCAUGGAUCACAAAAGCUUUGGGUUAAUUUAGGGAAUGUAUUUGCAGAGCCAGGAAAUCGGGUCCCGGGCAUUCUCACUUAUAAAUGAGAGUUCUCAGUUUUUACAGAACUCAACUCAAGCUGCAGUGUUUAACUCCCAACCUAGCACCUCCUACUUAAAAUGAUGGAGACCCCUCCUUCCUCCCCAGUUCUCAGGAGAAAAAAAUGGGAUAUGGUAACGGCCAGGAUUUUUAAAAUCUGGAUAUCAGUAUAUGUGAGGGGUAUGAUUUAAUUUUUACUGCAAUUGAUUAAGUAAGAGAGAAGAUACUGUUUUCCACAACAGGUGAGGACUGGAAGACCUGUUGGAAUACCAAGGAAUUUGUGCUACAGGGAUA